CACAGACACAAAUACUCUGCGGUUCCUAUAUAAACCCACACCCCUCCCCUCAGCUUUCGUUCUCUUCUCUUUGUCUGCACUACGACCUUGUCAUCCUGCCUACUACGACUACGCUUUGUUUUAUAUACCCCUCGCCUCAUUGCGCUCCCCUCGAUUAUCUCUCCACCGCGUAAUACUUUCUCAUUCUCACACUUUGUAUAUCCCCAACCUUCCUUCGCCUGCACUUUAAUAUACCCCUUCUUUGAACUCUUGCACUCCUUGCACACUUUCACUUUAUUGUACAUACCUCUUCUUCAUCAACCAUAAUGUCAAAGAACACAGAGGACCGUUUGACGGCACCGUCCACGCACACGCUGCCCAUGUCUAUGUCCAUGGCCUCAACCACCACCAUCGCUGUCUCCGCCAACAACAUGUUGAGCUCCUCUACCUCCCCUAUGAUGUCCCCCACAUCCACAUCCGCCCGCACAUCCCCAUCCAUCCGCCCAACAGACUCCAAACACAACAGCAACAAUCCCACGGCGAUGCAGAUGUCCGACAGGGUUUGGUAUCUUAGGAACACGAUCCAGGGCAUCAGCGGCAGUCUGAAAUGGGGUCCCAUGCCAGCAAUCGUCGUGCGCGCUGGCCCGCGCUGGAAGUGCACGCUCGACAUCAAUGGACUGGAGCCCGGUUGGUACUCGAUUGUGUUCUGUGUGUCCUUCAAGAACAUGGAUACCAAGGCGCUGCAGUCCUUGACCAUCGAUGCUAGACAGCUCGAUGAUGAUAACCAUGGCGUUUACAUGGCCAAGACUUGUAAAACCAUUAUCGGAAAUGAUGAGCUCCGUAGAAUGCCAACUGAACGCUUUACACGCAUGAGACUGCACCGCCAGAUCGAGCUGGAUGCAGGUGGACCCAUGGAGCUGUCUUUCAACUUUGGAAGUGGAGCGAUCGGUAGUUUUGAGUUGCGCUACGUUACGCUCGAGAGUGGCCAGAACGGUGUCUAUGACCAUGUUCUGUACGGAGAGGGCAAGCCUCAACAGUUCAUCAGUGUUGGCCAGAGCAAACAGGGGUCGGAUCGCAGCACACUCAACGUUCAUUCGUACGCUAUCUCCUCUUCUGGAUCGCACGCAGUUACCCUCUACUUUGAUGAUGGUCGCGCCUUCCUCGAGACCUGGGACUUGCGCGAGUCCAGAGAGGAGGCCCUCGCUGUCACUCCUCGAGUCCACAACACACCUAUCGCGCGUGCGUUCAUCAAUGCCUUCACCACAAACCAUCCGGAUCUCAUGGAUAUCUCUCUUGCCAUCUCCAGCUUUGGGUCCCAGGUCGUACUACAUUCGGCAGAGCCCUCCGAGAGCGGCAUCCCUUGCCAUAUCUUCAACUGUGAACCACCAGCCCCGGCUGACCACGACAUGUCCAAGCCUUGGACUCUGAGCCUCAAGACUAUCUGCCAAGGUCUUAGAGGAUACUAUGGUUACGGUGCCUUCCAUUUUGGCACUAUUGAUUCUCCACACGAGAAGGACGAGCGAUACGUUACAUGCGAUGGAUUGGCAGUGAACAUCUUCAACAUUCAUGGUGAAUGGUCCAUGAUCCGUGUUUUGACCUUGAGUGUUGAGUCGAACCUUGAUGCAGCCUUGGCCAUGUUCCUCUCCAUGCGCGGACGCUACUUUGCCUGGACGGGUGUCAAGGGCAUUGUCUCGAUCUGGGAUAUUGUUGCGGGCAAGCAGGUCUCCUUCAUCCCAUUGGAGGAUGACUACACCAGCGUGUACGCGAACAUGUCCAGGGACGGAUCCAUGGUCGCCAUCUCUGUCAAGGGACGCAUCUCGGUCUACCAGUCGUUCACGGGUGUGAAGCUAGGAGACUUUGAGCCUGGCUUGAGCGACGAGAACUACUUUGAGGUCGUGCUUGAGCGUGAUCACUUUAUGGUUUUGGACAAGCCCGGAGCGGACCCUAACGACCCCGAGCAGAUUGGAUGCCGACGACUGAUCAGCACACGCGAUAUGUCCGUUGCCAAGACGCUGCACAUCCAUCAGGACUAUGAGGUCCAAUACCCGGUACCGAUUGCUAACCCGGCCUUUGCUUAUGCUCAAGGAUCGGUCGUGAACAUUGUCAAGGCUGCCAACGCCCUUGCCCCACCUCGCGAGGGACCCUGUGGCCACGACUGUCAUAUGAACGUGUUGGCUGUCGACCUCUUUACGGAAGAGGAGACCUUGGAGUACAGCUACGAGGAGGGCCCACCAGUGUUCGGGAUCACCGCCAGCCAGGCUCGCAUCAACGGCACCCGGAUGACUGUCAUCACCAUCAACCGUCAUGACGAUAAGCCCAAGCAGUUCGUCAUCCCACUUGGACCCGCCCAAGUCGUAUAUUCUGGUGUCUUUAUCCCAACGAGUUCACAACUGGUCCUGUCGACUGGUCGCUACUUGCAGAUCUGGAAACUAUCCCCUGCUCCUGGUACUGAGGUCGCCGAGCUAGAGCUGGUCUGGAAACUCAAGGAUGAGGGCCGCGAACACACAUCGGAUAUCUGCCAUCGCAAGAUUGCUAGUGCUAGUGCCUGCAACCAUGGGAAGCACUUGGCUGUAGACCUCUAUCCCGCACGUUGGUUCAGAAAGUCGAGGGAGCUUCCUAGAGUUGCCAAGCGAAACGCUGUCGAGACCGUUACGGCACCCAUCUUCAGACUGGACAACAUUGGUACCUCGGAAGCAUUCCGUGUUAACCAUGGAAUCCAAGGUCUGGUCGAGUUGUACGCCUAUGGUGAGGCGGAAUGCCGUGACGCUGUCCUUCGACACCUCCAGACCCUUGUUCGACCAUCGUCCAAGACCCGCACCUCAGCCAUUGCUACGCUCUGCCGGUUCUGGACGCCCGAGAAGAAGGUCUUUUUCGAGGAGAUUGCAGCCAACCUUCUCCCGACCACCCACGUUACCUGGAUUCCUGAUUCACAGCCCAAGUCUAGUAUCGACCCUCUGGCUGUCAUUUUGAAAGCUGCCGAGAGUCAGCCCUCGGCAGUUGGUGUGGCCAAGGUCAUCAUGGACUACUGCGUGGCGCAUGCCAACAGUACCAAGAACCUGUCUUUCCUGUCACCGAUCUUUAAUUCGUGGCGCAAGAUCAUGGCGCAUGCUCCGGGUGAGGCGCUCAGCUGCCUUGACCGCAUGGCGUUUAUCCCUGUGCAGCAGCGUUCGUACAUCAUCAACAACCAUGCCAUCGUACACUCACCCCGACCGCGUCUGGCGUUCUGGAAGACCAACGCUGCGCCGUUGUGGAAGACCGAGGACCCGAUUCUGCAGCUGCAGGUGACACCCAAGAAGCCCAACGCGUUGAACGAGCAGUUCACUCAGCCGGUCUUUGUGGCCUCCUUUGAUGCACUCUGGCAGUACAAGGAAGAGGCCAAGGAGGAGGAGCAACAGGUCCUCGCCUUUACUGAGGCAAAGUCAAUGUGGUGGCAGACACUGUUCUACACGGUUUGGCUAAAGUUGCGACUGACGAACCAGGCCUUUGUUGAGGUCAAGGACUCGAGUCUUGAGUACUUUGAUAACCCGGCCAUUUCUGCGCUGAUCUCUUACAAGUGGAACACGAUCGGCUACAAGUACUGGCUGCUUCGGUUCUUCUUCCAGAGCUUGUACUAUAUCCUGAUCACGGUGGUCGCGGUCAUGCAGGUGUACUACCCAGACUUUAGGAUGCUAAAGGAUGCGUUUAUUGCGAUCGUUGCGCUCUCUGCGAUGUUUCUCUGGCUCGAGCUGACCAAAGCCAUUCGAUGCUGGACCCGAUACAAUUCGAAGAGUUAUCAUAUCGCUGGAAUGCUUGCAUACUUCUUGCCCAUGGUUGCUGCCAUCGACCAAUUGGUGGUGAUCAUGACGACAAACCAGGACGGAAACGCCCGACUUCUCUCGUUCUCAGUCCUUGCUGUAUUCGUCAACAUGCUGUAUGAGCUCCGUGUCAUCAGGAUGGUAUGCAAGUACGUUACGAUCAUCCAGCGUGCAGUCGGCGAGAUUCUAGCCUUCUUUAUCAUCUUUGGUGUGGGUAUCGCGACCUUCACGAUCGCGAUCCUGCAUGUGUUGCAUGCCUGCCCUGUCGACACCUGUACUCGAGAUCCGGACUCGCUUUACCCUACACAGUUCUUUGGUGCCUUGACCUCGACAUUCUUCUUUAUGGCCGGUCGAUUCGGACCCAUUAACGACGAGCUCUCGAGUCAGGACUGGGGCUUCCAUGUGAUGAUGAUCUUUUGCUACCUGUUCACGAACAUUGUCAUGAUGAACGUCCUGAUCUCCCUGUUCAGUAUGACAUUCAUCAAGGGCGACGACUGCUGGCGCUUGACUUGGUUGGAAUGCCGUCUGCGUUACAUCGAGUCGGCCGAGAACAUGUCGUACCACAUCCAGGGGUUCCGUGAGACCAACGAAUACUUCCCCAAGGAAAUCUUCUACACGGCCGAACCACUCAAGGUCUCUGCGUUCUUUGAGAAGCACCGCAAGUCUGGGGGAUUCAAGGAUCUGGUCUCUGCAAAGGCUGAGCAUAAGAACAGAGAGAUCGAGGACCUCAAGCACCAGCAGCACCAGCACCAGCACCAGCAUCAUCAGGAUAGAGAUGACCGUAGUUAUCAUAGCCAUGAUGGCAGCACGAUCGGAAACCAGGAGGAUGAAUUGGCGGUGAACGAGAGGAGGGAUCGAGUCCAGGAGGAGACAAAGGCAGAGUUGUCGGCGAUUAUGAUGACGCUUGCAGAGAUGCAGAGGAGUAUUUUGGAAAUGCGCGAGCCUGUGGUGAGGAGGGAUCCGAAGGCUGAGGCGGCGUAUGAGAGAGCGCAGGCUAGAGAGAUGGUGGAGCAAUGGAUGAAUCCUCGAGGCGAGGAGCAGCAGCAACAGGGUGAAUCCUCGAAUUCUUUGAGUCACCAGCAACAGCAGCAGCAGCAGCAACAGCAACAACAGCAGCAGAGGGCCUAGAGAUAGAGGGAGAGGGAGCAGAUUGU